CCAAAAUGAAUAAACUUUGGUGCCCCUGCUCAGCAGAAUGAGGAAGAGAAGCUAUUUAUUAUAAGGGAAUUGGCCAAGGAUCAGAUGAAGAGGUCUAUUGAGAACAAUGAAAGGAUGUUUAUUUGAAAGGAGAGCAGUGAGUUAGGUAUCCUAGUGCCAAGGAGUUUGAGAUUUUGAUCAGGAAGUGAUCGCAUAGACUACGAGACAUGAUGGAGUACUGUCAGAAGCACUAUCCCAAGAACAGACUUUCCAAGGUCCACAAGUCAUUUCAGGAGUAUAAUGAGACACUUGUGAAAAUUCAGAAUGAGCUUCAGCAAGCUUAUAGAGAAAGCUCAUGGGGAGACCUUCCAGAGUGCCAUCAAGAUGUUUUGGAUGUGCUAGGGUUCAUUAGGACUGAUGAUAGCUGGCUGGGAUACCUUGAUCAUAAAGAAGAGGCUGAGAUUGAUGCGCAAAUUAGAGGCAUAAAAGUAAAUAAUAAGAUCACAAGAUGCAACUGAAAUAGCAAAGCUGAGCUUGAGAAAGCGAUGAGGGAGAUAAAUCGUCUCAAACAAGCUUUAUCACUUCUUGAAAGAGAGAACAAGAGAAAGCAAGAAAUAGUUCCAAAGAAAGAGCCGCCUAAGAGAACAAGGAAGAUUAAGAAGGCAAGAGCACCUUCAUAUAAUUUUGAAGAGGAGAAGGAGUCAAGUCCUUUCAUCAAUGUGUAUAACUCCUGAAAGAAGAAUAAAGAAAUGAACAAAAGAGAUAGCAUGUGGUCGAUAUUAGAACAGCAAGAAGAAAUGGUCGAGUCUGUAGGAAUGACAUAUAAGAAGGCGAACAAAAUUCUGAGGAAGUAUUUUAAAACUGAGGUUAUCAGUGAUCGUACUUACCAGCUUGAGCUCAAUCUAAACUUGCGAAAAUCGAUUUCAUUCCUUCAGGAUUGAAAAAAUUCAGCGCUCCCUAGUGGGUCAAAGAUCUCCUUAUUGAAUGUUCCUGACAGGAGUGAAGUUGUUUCAGGAUUUUUAGAAAGCUCAAUGCCUUCAUCUCUGGAGUCGUUUGAAUUCAACACCUCAACUAUCAGCACAGGAAAGAUCAAGAAUAUUAUGUAUUAUUCAAAUUCUCUUGCAAAGGCUUUACAAAAUGUAACUAGGAAUAUUCGACUCUUUAAUUUGGAGAUUGGAUCUCAGCAAUUUGCUAAUCUAAUUCCAGCAUGAAAGAAUGCAUAUUUUAUUGAAUUUAAUCAAUGCAACCUCAAUAUUAUACAUGAACCAGAUAUCAAAGGAAUAAUCCAUCCAAAGUUUCGAGAACUAAGUUUUAAUGGUUGAGGAAAUCAAAAGCUAGGCAAAUGGAAACACUUCCCUCAAAAAUUCGAAAUGAUCAUUUCUGGAUUAUCUAAAAUCAAUAACAUGCAAAGGACCCUCGACUCCAUCUACAUAACCGAUUGAGGACUCACAGAGGCUAAAACCCGCUCCAUUCUAUCCAUCUACGGUUUUGAGAACACCAUAAUCCUCGAAAAUACCUAAAACUUCAACUUCUCACAACCCUCUAACUCUGC